AUGCUUUCCAUUGUAAAUGAGAUCAUCACAAAUACUUACUCGGCAUUGACAGUUACUCACGAACAACGCUAUGUUCAUGAUGCAUUACAAGCAAUUGAUAAUACAGAUAGAUUUCCAUUACUCAAUGGCCGUACACGUUCUCCGGGCGAAAAUAAUUAUGGUGCCAUACACGACGUCCACACAUUUGCCGUAGCUCGCGAGCAUCAUACGACCAUGAUUAAAGAAUGGAAACAUGAUAUUGAAGCCCGACGAGAUGAAACAAGAAACUAUUUAAUUUUAGGCCAAGAUACUCUGGAAGUACGAGAUGAUGAAACACAGAUUGAGAUCGCUCCAAUACUAGUUUUUUGGAAUACACUACUCACUCAAAUUAACAAUAGGGCUGUCUUAAACAAAACAAUUAAAAUGGGACUCACUCCAAUUGUUUGUAUUAUUCAAGAUUAUAUUCAAGGAAGAUCUGUGGAUGAUAUACGAUUACGUCAAGCAAUACUUGAACUACCUGAUAAUAAAACAGAACAUCUUCCAGGCUAUUUACCUCUCGUACCAGGAAUGCCAGUUUUACUCACAGAAAACGUCGCUACUGAACUCGGACUCUCCAAUGGUACACGUGGAAUGUUUCGUCAACUUGUAUACGAUGAAUCACUAGAAGAUGUUCGAUACCAGGAUAAGAAUUUUCUACCAAAUACCAAGUUUAUAACGCAACCAAAGUAUGCUUUAGUAGAAUUUCCUGGUUGCAAACUUGAUGACAAACUUGCUGAAUUGCAGUCCAAAAUAGUUCCUAUAGCUAUUAGUGAACAAACAUUUUUGUUUGAUGCCAAGGAACUU